UGGCGUUGAAGGCGACGGCAACUAUUUUGAGAUUCUGAAACACUAAUUGUAGGAACAGUUAGGAAAUCAGGUAAUAGGACCAUACUCUCACUCUGCUGUUCAACACGUGAUUCUGGUGAUUCGUGGAUUGAAAUCUAAAAAGCUUUGCAAAUAUACCUGGAAAAUGCUCAAGGAUGAAAGCACGUUUGGAUGUUGCAAUGAUUUUUACGACAAAACAAUGAAAAAUGAGUUUUAAUUAUUACCAAAAAAAUACUAUCAAACAAAAAUCUUAAAAUGACAUCGAACAGCUGAGAAAUCACAUCUGGCAUGCAUGUGGCCUGAAUUGGCGGUGAUCUAAUUAGUUUGUUUUACUAACUUUCAAGCAAUACUGAAAUCGCGGGAUCUGGUCUAAUAACUGUAAAUCUGUAAUCAUUUGACCGUCUCAAUCGAAAAGUGGAAGAAAGAUUCGCGAACAGGGGAUUGGGGAGACGAAGAAUCAGAUCUAAAAAUCUACGGUAAUAUAUUUGCUUCCAUAUCAAUGCAAGGGUUAAAACGAAAUACCAGCUUGCUGUCUGAGACCCUGAGUAGUGAAAAUGGUGAAUAACUGUGAAAUCUGCUGUGAGAUACUGAUAGCAGUGUUACUUCCUCCAAUCGGAGUAUGCUUCCGUCACGGUUGCUGCAGUGUCGAAUUUAUCAUCUGCUUGCUCUUGACUCUACUUGGGUACAUUCCAGGAAUAAUAUAUGCCCUUUAUGCCAUUGUUUUUGUUGAUCGUGACCAGUACUUUGAUGAAGCAAGGCGUCCUCUAUAUGCGUAGUAGCAGCACCCCUAUUAACUUCCUUUUCAUAGGCUACACACUGUAUUGUCAUUUUUCAGAUUCUCAAUAAUUCAAUGGAUGCAGCUCGACUUAUACUAAUGCUGAUAUUGCUUUGAUGUUGUCAUCCAGUGGUUUACUUUGAGCAUGUUGAAUACUGUUUAUUUGGUUGGCAUCAUCUCGAAGUAUUCAAGCCAAGUGGACUACGAUUCUAUCAAUUAUGAACCAGAAAACAGUACUUCCACUGUCAAUGGUAUAAACAUCUCAUUCACUUGAUGCCAGAGAUUGAAAUAAUAUUGAUGGUCCGAGGGUUGAUCAUAUAAGCAACUCCUAGGAUGAGUUCAUAAGCAUGCUAGAGAAGAUAUUCCAUAGGAUUACUAGUUAUGUCACAGAGUUUCAAACUAUUUAGAUUAUGCUUUUAUGUAGAUCUUGGAACUCCUGGGUUGCGGAUGGGGUUAAGGCUAUAUCUCAAGUAAUAAUCUGUCCAGAAAUUUCAGUUUGGAAAAGGGGUUUUUACGGGUUGAUAACCAUAUUUAGGGGAAAAUGACUAAAAUAAUACUUGUUUUGUUUGCAAAUCAAAAGUUCAAACAUGUCAUAGCCUGAUUAUGUAUUAUCCUUUGUUAUCAAACCUUUAUGUAUUUUCCUGGUUUGUCAAAGACCCAGAAAUGUUCCAGUACUCAUGCUUGGUAUAAUUAAGUUUCAAUAUAUUCCUUCAUAUUGAAUAUAGUAAACGCAAAGUAAUGUAAAGAGAACUCAGGCUUGAAAUUAACAAGCCGUGGUUAGCUGGUGAUUAGCCAAUUAGACAGCAGUUAGGAAGCGUUUUACAUCAUUUACAUUUAUAUCUCAACAGAGAAGAGUGAUAGAGAGGGAAAAAAAAAUCUGCGCCAGGUCUUUUUUGUCCAUUACUCAACAUUACUUCUUUAUUUUCAUAAUUUUUUGAAGUAUGAAUAUGAGC